AUGGGCAAGAAACCAUCAACCUCCGUUAUACCUGCUCCCGCUUCAAGUUCGAAGAAAGCUGUCAAACUCACUCAGCAGCAGAAGAACCAAUCGACAUCAAACUCAACUUCGAUAGAUGACAUCUUUGCUGCUCCGAAAAAGCGCAAAGCGGACGAGCCAGUAAAAGUGGAUAAAAAGAAGAACUUGGAAAAGUCCAAAUCGAGUACGAAUGAACCUGAGAAAAAGAAGAAGAAGAUUGGGGGGCCGGUGAUAGAGAAGAAUGAUAAACCAACUAAGAAAUCCGUAGACGAAGAGUCUGAAGAUUCUGACGAGUUUGAUGAUGAAGAAUUUGAGGAUCUCGAAGAUUUCGAUGAUGAUGAGGAACAGGAGGAGAGGCUCCCACAAAGAAAAGUAGAAGAGAUAAUUGAUCCUUCUUCACUCGCUGAAAUACGUAAGAAGAUAGAAGCUGCCAAAGCUACAUCGUCGAAGGGUGGUAAGAAGAUAAAGUCGAAUAAGGAUAGAGAGGAUGAUGCGUUGUUUGCUGAUUCGAGAGGUACAGGGACUGGACGUAAGACGGAAGAAGGUUAUGUGAUUUACAAAGAAGCUGAUUUACAGAUUGAUCCUACUGCUGGAGGUACCCCCUUAUGUCCAUUCGAUUGUGAUUGUUGCUUCUAA